AUGUCUGUUGUGGCCGACCAAGUCCGUCGCUUAGACGCACAGCUUGACCGGAUCCCUUUGGGACUGAGCAUCUCCCAAGAUAAUGGUGAGCUUACCGCUGAAGAGCAUGGUAUCUUCAAUUCCACCACCGCAGACGCUCUUUCGUCGCCAAGGGUUGAUGAGCUGCUACGUAUCGUGAGAGCCUUGUCUACCACCUCGUCAUCGCUUUCUUUGCUUCCCUCACAGAAGAUUCGCUCCCUUCUGCAUCAGUCAAAACUGGCAGAAUGGGAUUUCCAGGCUGAAUUCAAUGAGGGGGAAGGGCGAAAUCACUAUCAGUCAGAGAUCGAGUGGCUACUUGUCAGCAAGGCCACCGUGCAAACUUAUGGAGUCAUCCUCAACACCCUCCUGGACCAGAUUAUUCCUUUGAGUGAUGAUAUCUGGUACUGGGAUGAGGUUCUGAGCUCCUAUACUUAUAGCAGUCUUUACACCAUUCAGACCUCGCCGUUACGCCUCUGGGCUCUGUCCAAGGAUGUAUAUCAUGAAAGCAAGCAUCGUAUUCAACACCUUAGCCAUGCGCCCGGUGAGUUCGUUGAGUCCACAAGGAUGGGCUUGUCGCAGCAAUGGCGGCAAUUUUACGGUAUCGUGCGAGACAGCAUUCGGGACUCUUCGAUCACGACUCUUCAGCGCCGAGUUCUUUCACCCGUUGCUCUCAGCCGGGGCGAGGCCAGGCGAAAGCUAGCCCACCUCAAACGACUACGAGAAAUGACGGCGAGCGGCCUGGGAGUUCUUGUUGACGAAGGGUUGACUUUUGGAGUGGACGAUGAUGACGACAAGAGCGAGGCUGGUGUUAGCAGCCAUGACUGGAAAGGUGUGGUGGAGAGGAGUGUGGCUCUCAUGGACAUGGUUCUCAAGGAUGUCCUUACACUCGAGUCGGGUGUCGCUGAAUUUGAGGACAAAGUGUUUGCUGGUGUUGAAGAGGACCCGGAGCUGUCUAUUCACAUUGAGGACGCCAACGCUCUGGAGAAGCCUUCUGUGCUUGCAAGACGUCUUUUGAACAUUUUGGAUUCCGGCCUUCCUAGCCAUGUUGUCGCUGCGCAGAUGCUCGUCCGUGAAAACGGUCGCCCGCCGUGGCUGAUACGAUACUGGCUUCCCGCAGCGGCAGUUCUGCUGUCAUCAACAACUAUUCUUCGACUUCUUGCUAACAGGCGUGCCGAGAUCAUCAGCUGGGUUCGGGAUAUCGGAGCUACGGUAAGGGAUUUUUGGUUUAAUUGGGUUGUCGAGCCCACACGCAAGAUUGUUGGAACCAUCAGGCACGACUCUAACAGCGAAAUCGCCAUCAUGAGCCGAGACAGCCUGAAGGCUGACCGUGAGAGCUUGGAACGGAUGGUUGUGGACUUCGCUCUGGAUAAGCCUCAUUUUGCGGGAGACGGUUCUUCACUUACGGAUGCCCAAAUUGCUGAAAUCAGGACGAAGGUUAGUGAGGGAGACGUCACACCGGUCCUGCGCGCCUACGAAAAGGAUUUGAGAAGCCCCUUUGUUGGCGCGGUCAAGGGCGACCUCGUUCGAUCUCUCCUGAUCCAGGUGCAGAAGACCAAGGUCGAUUUGGAGGUGGCCAUCAGCGGCAUCGAUUCUCUGCUGAAAAGCCAGGAACUUGUGUUCGGUUUUGUUGGAUUGACUCCUGGCGUUCUGGUGUCAAUCGGCAUCGUGCAGUACCUUCGCGGCAUCUUUGGCGCCCGCAAGGGAGCCCGGAGCAGCCGCAAAGCUGGCCAGAGCAUCAGAGUGCUGCGCAACAUUGACCGCAUCUUCUCGGAAGCGACGCCAUCGCAGAACAACCUGCUCUCGUAUAAGGACCACGGUCUUCUGCUGUGCGAGGUGCACGUGUUACGCAACCUGAUGCAGAAAGCGCUCCCUCGCAGUAGGCAGCGAGAGUUCCUAGAGGAUCUGGACGACCUCGCCAACUUGAAGGGCAUCCAGGUACAGGUCAGAGCAUUGGAUCGCAUCCGCUGGGCAUAUGCACGGUGGUUGCAGUAA